ACAUUGCGCCAGGAGCUUUGAGCUCCUGAAACUCGAGCUCCAGGUAUUCUCGGACAAUGCAGAGAUGCAUCAGGUAAAAAUUUUGAUGCUCCAGCUCCUUGGACUUGUGCUUUGAUUGACGGCCGAAUGUGACCUCCUCCCGAAGAAGGCAGAAGUGCGGGUCGUGACUCAGCAAUCCCAGCAUGAUGAGGUCGGCAUCAAGGCCGUACAGACAGUGACGAACGUUGGGAUUGUAGUCGGGCUGGGCGCGGGCGUUCCGAAUGUACUCCAUGAUCUUGUGCUCACCCUCGCCGGGCACCUCGUGGCCAGAAAGCACAAUCUCGGGUUGUUGCCAGUCCCUGUCCUCGGACACCUUCUUGUUGAUAAAGUACUUGAGCUGCCGUGACAGUUUCGCCAUGAACUCGGUUCCUAUAGGGAUUUUGUUAACGACCGAGGGCGAGCUUGAGGGAGUAAGGCAGCAUACCAGGCGUGAUGCAGUUGCUGUCAAAAGGCUCCUCCUUGGGCAACUCCUUGCCUUCCUUGAUGGCCUUCUCGCGGGCCUUCUCGGCAUCCAGGGCAGUGCGAAAGCGGCGGGCGCGCUGUUGGUUCAUCUUGGCACGCGGCGCGACACCGUCGAUGGCCAUGAAAAACAGCUUCUUGGGCUUGAUCUUGCCAAAGAGAUGUUCGAUGUAGUUGAAGAUGGCGAUGAACAUCUCCUCCUCGGUGAGACGGAAGUGAACAUCGUCCGAGUCCUUGUGCGUACAGUUGUGAAUGAUGCCGUUCAUAUCCAGCUACGAGGGUCGGUUAGCAGACUGUGGAAGAGAGAAGCUGGUGGCGCUUCUGCGAUGCUGGGAGGCGCGCGCACGUAGAGGCAGUCGAACUCGGGAAUCCGGUUCUCGGCGAUGAGCUGUGAGAUGGCAGGAUAGCGCUCCGAGAGCCAUCUGAAGAAUUUGGGAACACUGAGCGGCGGUCAGUGAAUUGGGCGCAUCGCGCUGAAACCAUAGCCAGAG